AUGGAAAAGAGCAGCAUCUCCAACAACUAUGGCAUGGUUACUGUUCAAACCCAAAGAGACUAUUAUGCACCACCUUUGGUCCUGCAAAAUGGCGCGGUGUGCUCGGAGCUGGGGGUGCGGAUUGCAAGAGGAGGAGGCGUAUUUACCCAGAUAUACGCCACCCUUGGGGAGCUGCCUGCUGUCUUGGUCGCUUCUACCUUACUCCUUGACCUUAUUCUUCUCCCUGCCAUAGCCGCCAGGGGGAGCAGCGAGUACGUGGGCCUGGUCACAGAGAGAUGGGUCAGCGAGGCACUCCAAGCCAGACUCCCGCUACUGCAGGAGUGCCGGUACUUGGCCCCCCAUCCUGAUCUGCUGGCAGUGGCAUUGCUCCUUCUCUCCACUCUCAUCGUUGUAGCUGGCACCAAGCUGGUGUGCCAGAUCGGUGCCGCUGGUGUAGGUGUCUCCCUCCUGGUGUUGACAGCUGUCACCUUCACCGCCUUCGUCAGCGCUGACGUCCAUCACUGGACCCAACCUGCUGGCUUCUUUCCCUAUGGUCUUCAUGGGGUGAUGGGUGGCGCCGCUAUGUUUAGCGCCAGUAUGGGCGGCGCCCACCACGCCGGCCUGCUGGGUGGCGAGUGUGGGCGGUACUCCCACACCAUUGUGGGCGUGGGUGUGGGCAUAGCGGCGCUUCUGGUGCUGUUUCCAGCGGCUGUUGCUGUCACUUUGGCUUCCUCCAGCCUUUCCUCCACGGCGCCGCUCCUUCAGUUGUUUCCAGGGGCGUCUCUACUGGGCAUGCGGGCGGUGGUGGGCGUGGGCGCGGUGGUGGGGCUUUGGGCGGUGCUUUUGGGCGGCCUUUUGACCGGUUCCCGCCUGGCCCACAGGCUUGCCACCGACGGGCUGGCCCCCAGGUGUCUAGGCUAUGUGUCCCGACACACAAGGACGCCCUGGCUGGCCGUGCUCUUCUGCGGCGCCGCAGCUGCGGUCAUUGCUGCAGUUUGCUCAUCGUGGGUGCUCCUGCGAGCCGCAGGUGCGGGGAGCGUGGGUGCGGGCGUGGCGGGGUCUGCGGCAGUCUUGGCCCGCAGGUAUCGGCCAGACUCUUCCCCUGCGGCAUGCGACACACCACCUGCGGCACUCUCCCGCAGUAGCAGCCUCGCCGCAUGCGACGAUAUGGAGCCCCAUCAGGUGACCGUAGAGUGGGCGGGAGGCUCCUGGGCCUCAGCUAUCACAGAGCCGCCCGCGCCGCCCACGUGGGCGUCCUGGCGGACCGCAAGGUUCCUAUUGGCCACCUUCAUAGUCAACUGCGUCGCGGGCGUGGGCGUGGUUCGAGGCUCUAGGGAGCUGGAUAUAGGCCUGUGGGCGUGGGUAGGCGUGGGGCUCUGCGUCUGUGGGUGUGUUGUGUGUUGUGUGGGUUUGUGGCUACAACCGCGCCACCCACCGAUCACAACCGCCACCACAACCGCGCCUAUUCUGCCGCUCCUUGCCCUUCUAGCCAAUAUCCUGCUGCUCCUGCACCUGUCGCUGCUAGCCCUAGGCCUAGCCUGCGGCGUCUGGGCUACUGCGGCUGUGGCUUGGCUUCUCAAGGGACGGACCGAAAGCGUGGAGGCGGUUCUAAGCCGUGCCCUUAUCACCCACAGCGGCCAUCACUCCCCCUCAUAUCUGUAGAUAGUUGGAGGCUCUCAAAUGGGUGUUCGACUUUACAGAAAUGCUAGCCAUUCAAAAGGCUUUGGAACAUGCUCUUGCUGAACACCGACAACAUGUUAUCAUACAUAUAGUUUCGAG